AUGGGAACCGUAUUGAGUAUAUCUCCGAGAGAUCGUAAGAUCGUUAUGUAUAACGACUCGACUAUAGAAGCGAAUAAUGGGUUCAAUUUGAAUGCAUUUAAUUAUUCGGAUCACAUGAAUCACAUCAAGAAUAAGGGAAAGAAUAACACAUUCGCUAAUAAUAUGGAGAAUAAUAAGAAUCUCUUUAAUCACAACCACUCGCAUAAUAUCGUAACCAAUAAUAAUAACAAUAAUAAUAAUCAAAGUCAUGGGGGACUCAAAAAAUCUUUGGGUUUCAUAAACGCUCUUCAUUUGGGAAAACACUUUAAUAUUAACAGAGAAAAGAAGAAAUUAGAGAAAAAUAAGAUUUUACAGCAAAAUAUGAAUAACAACUUAAACCGACAGCCACUAGAAAACGCCAAUAAUCUGAACGAUAAUAACAAUAAGAAUAUCCAAAAGUCGUUGUCGUGCUAUAACCUGAAGUCAGGUAUGACUACAAACAACAUCGAAAUCGUGAAGAAUGUGAACAAAGAUAUCUGUCCGCCAAACCCUUACCCGGUGGCCGGCAAACCAGUGGCACCCCCUCUGCCCCCCAAACCGACGAUCUUGUUAUCUCGGAACGCCAUCAGACCCUCUUGUAAUGUAUUCAACGCCGGCCUCACAAACCAUAUUAAGAAUGGUAUCACUCUUACCAAUAAUAUUUCAACGCUUUCAUCGCAAAUCAGUCCCACAAGUAAUCAAAGGAAAACAGUUAUUCAAGCGUCAACAUCUGAGCUUUUGAGAUGUUUGGGUGACUUCCUCGCAAACAAAUGCCAUAAACUGAAGAACUUUCAGUCCGGAGAUGCAGUUAUAUGGCUGAGGGCUGUUGACAGAUCGCUACUGUUGCAGGGAUGGCAGGACAUUGCAUUCAUAAACCCGGCAAACGUUGUGUUUCUAUAUAUGCUUUUACGGGAACUCAUUCAGGAAGACGUGGAGAGCGAGAAGGAGUUACAGGCAGUGGUUCUCACCUGUCUUUACCUCAGCUACGCGUAUAUGGGAAACGAGAUCUCGUAUCCAUUAAAGCCAUUUCUGGUGGAGAACGAGAGUCGUGACAAGUUCUGGAAGCGAUCCCUUUUCAUCAUCAAUUUGCUCAGU